UCCAUAAUCGGCGGUCCCCGGUUGUUUGACGGUAAAACGCGGGAGUUUCUUUCUUGGUCAUCUCAGAGUCAGAAAUCGUGUUCGUUAAGGGAUCACCAGCCAAAUCUCGUUGACCUUAUAACUCCCCAAUCGCGAGCGAGAGCUACUUAAUUUCUUCGUCUUUUCUUCAGAACCACGAACGGUGCCGCUUAAAAGAUUUCGGCGAAGGGUGUUGAAGAAUUCAUCCACGAUUCGUACGGUUUCUGCCCCCUGAAUCGAAUUCGUGUUGGGUUUUUUUUUUUUGAAUUUGAGAAUGGAAAGUGAAGCUUAUAGCUAUGGAUUCUCUGAUUCUUCUGUUGCUGAUGCUUUGAGGAACUCUCAGUUAAAAUCCCAGUCCCAUUUUUAUUUUGAUUACGAGGAAGUGGAUGGGGAUGAUGAUUUGAAUUCGGAAUAUCCUUGCCCGUUUUGUCCCGAGGAAUUUGAUUUGGUUGAGUUAUGCUGCCAUAUUGAUGACGAACAUCCCGUAGAAGCCAAGUUUGGAAUAUGUCCUAUUUGUUCUACAAGCGUGGGAGAGAAUAUGGUUGAACAUAUAACGAUGCAACAUGGAGAUAUAUUUAAUAGUCAACAAAGAUUGAAAUUUGAUAAAGACGAUUUCCCUCAAAGUCUUUCUUUCGAGAGGAAAGAGUUACUAGAUGAUCAUGUAAGAACUCUUUCUGGGUUUUCUUCUCUGCAUUCCACCUCCAAGAUGGCACCUGAUCCAUUGCUGUCAUUUUUAUGCAAUGCACCUGUCAUCAAUGAUUCUGAAACUGUUCGGCCCCGGCCUUCAAGUGUAGAAAAAAUGGAGGAAAAAGAUUUAGACGAUACUCUGUCGGAAAGGGAUGUCAGGUUACCCUCUCUACCAGACACGAACCAAGAAGAGAAGACUUGGAGAUCGGACUUCGUACGGGGGCUAGUUUUCUCCGUCAUCUUAGGCGACAAUUUAUAAUAGACUUCACAAAGGCAGAAGAAGAGGGAUGCUAUAUCAUAUUUGUAGGAAAUGGUAUUAUGAUUAGUGUUUAUUUCAACCUCCAUAUUACUGUAAUGGGAACACGACGUAGGAAUAUAUGAAUUUGGCUUCGUAAAUAUGGUUAGAAAGUGUAAGCAUUAUGUCUCU